CCUGGGGCCAAUGUCGGCUGGGCGCUUGUAGUCAUAGGCACUGAGCUCGAUGAUGAAGAGAGACGCGAGUACAUUAGAUGCCGUUGGAAAGCGCUGCAGGUUCUUGGCAUAGGCAACACAGAAGCAGCCGCGAGGUUAUUGGAAGAGGUGUGGAGCAAGCGAGACGUAGCAAGACUCUUCAACGAGCCAAUGCCUCGCUGGCAAGACGUGAUGCGCAGCUCCGGUGCAGACCAGAUCCUGAUCUGAAUUCAUUUCUUACCGACAGCCGGGUAGGAAAAUUGCCUUAUUGGGUACCGGAAAAAGACCCCCCCGCACCUAAUACCCCAUCAAAAGCACGAUCAUCCCCGGGAUGCUUCACAGACGUACGGUGCCCACCUCGUUUCACACCCAGCAUUACGGAUCAUGACCACCAUUACCAUACGAGGUGCUGGGGACCUCGCCUUCCCCGUGCACUCUGGGCUAUUCAUCAACAAUCAAUUCGUGCCAGCUAUAAGUGGAGAAACACUGGAUACCACAAACCCAGCGACUGGGAACCACCUCGCAACCCUCGCUGCUGCACAGAAAGACGAUGUCGAUGCGGCGGUAGAGGCGGCUCAAUCUGCCUUGCGUUCUACGUGGAAAACGACGUCCCCACCGGGACGCGGCCAGUUGCUGCACAAGCUCGCCGACCUUUUCGAACGUGACGCGGUCGAACUAGCUACCCUGGAAGCUGUUGAUGCUGGUAUUCUACUUGCAGAUUCAACGCAUCUGCAUGUACCCCAAGCAAUAGAGGUCCUUAAAUAUUAUGCAGGAUGGGCGGAUAAAAUCGACGGCCAAGCACUAGAGAUUCCCAACGGUAUGGCAUUCACCAGGCGCCAGCCUAUCGGAGUGUGCGCAGCUAUUGUGCCAUGGAACGCGCCUCUCAUGAUCACUAUAUGGAAGCUGGCUCCCGCAAUUGCCGCCGGUAAUGCGCUAAUUAUUAAGCCCCCAGAGCUCUGCCCGCUCUACGCUCAAAAGUUAGCGGCUCUCGUGUUAGAGGCUGGCUUCCCACCUGGUGUGGUCAAUAUCUUGAACGGCUACGGCCAUCAGGCUGGCCAGGCAAUUGCCGAACACAUGAGUAUUAGAAAGCUUUCAUUCACUGGUAGCUCGCCUACUGGACGUCUUCUUCUGAAGGCGUCAGCGAAUACCAAUUUCAAGAAAGUGACCUUAGAAUUGGGCGGUAAAGGGCCUUCUAUUGUUUUCCCCGAUGCAGACAUCGAAAACGCACUAUUCUGGACGACCCUAGGGAUCACUGCGAAUAACGGGCAAAUAUGUGCUGCUGGGUCGCGUAUCUACGUCCACUCGAGCAUCUAUAAUGACUUCGUGAAGGAAUUUUCUAAGCGAUCCGCGCGUGCAGUACAUGGUGACCCUCUAUUACCGGAUACUACCAAGGGCCCUAUCAUCAGCAGCGCCCAGCAUGCGAAGAUUUUAUCUUAUAUCAAGGAAGGGAAGUCGUCCAGUGCACGUCUUUUGCACGGAGGAGAUUCGCUGGACGGCAAUUUUGUCGCGAACACAGCAUUCGCUGAUGUGGGGGACAACGAUACGAUUAUGAAGGAAGAGAUCUUUGGGCCAGUUGCUGCUAUCGCGAAAUUUGAGACAGAGUCUGAGGUAGUUGGCAAAGCAAACGAUAGUGAAUAUGGGCUCAGUGCUGCCAUAUUUACCAACGACGUGAACCGCGCUCAUCGCGUUGCGGCCGCCAUUGAGACUGGCCAAGUUACGGUCAACAGCUGGGGAACACUGAAUGCGAAUACGCCGUUUGGCGGUGUCAAACAGUCUGGGUUUGGCCGCGAUAUGGGUGUAGAAGCCCUGGAUGAGUGGACGACGACAAAGGUUGUGAAAUUUAAUAUUCUUCAUACCCAGAACGACGCACCAUCUAGUAGAUUGUAGCAAAUAUCAAUCAAGACUCAUCUGAAAGCAGAC